AUGUCAUGUGCCGAUGCAGCUGUGCUCGUGAGUAUCAAAAGUUUUCAGCAGCAGCUUCAGGGAUCGCCUAAUGGUCCUGCUUUGACAUUGAAGCUCUUGCAGCUCAACGCAGACACAACCGCUUUGCGCUAUGUCAAAGCUUGUUUGGCUUACCUCGAAUUUCUCGUUGACCUCGGACAUUCCUUGGACAAUCUCUCCCAACUUGCUGCAGUCGAGGCAGUAUACGCUCUCCACUGCAGCCGUUCCCAGGACGAUGACGUUUCUCUAGACCGGGAACAGAUUGCUUUGGUUUUUCCACUCAAUACCCUGAAGGCGCUGCGUUGGUUGGUGAAAACCGUGACCCUUCACUUCCCAGACCUUUACUCAGGCCUGUUCAGAGCUUUGUCUGCCCAGCCAUCUUUAGAUCGUUCUGAAGCCAUGCCACUUCCUUUGGACUUUGUCGCUUUUCUUGAAUCGGUUGUGCUCGACCUUUUCUCCGCGACAGUCUUGUCCUGGUGUUCGCAGCUUGGCCUUGGCGACAUGGCACGCCGUGAGCAGGGACAUCAUCGCACCACUUCGGUCACUCUGCACUUUUCGCACAGGACGCUUCUGGGGCACGCCGUGCGCUUUGCAAACGGCCCUCCUGUUUUGGCAUGCUUCGCUUCUGCACUCAGAGCUUGUGCAUCAUCAUUUCGCCGCUUUACCUCGGAGCUUUUGGGCUUUGCUUUAGCCUUCCCAAUCUUUGACACUGAAAUUGUCUUUUGCUUCGGUGGCUCUGCCCACUCUCGCUUAUUGCUGGCGAUGGCAAAUACUGACAUUUUCCUGGGCCUUGCAGAAGCUGAUGUGAACAAGGCAGUGUCGUGGCUGGAAGACGCGCGCCGCAUGCCGGCGACUAGUGGUUUUUCACCAACGCAGUGGCUGUGGCACUGGCUUUCGUCUACGCCAGCCUUUGCGCCUUUGACGGAGGCUGCGGAGAAGAUGGAUACGGUCUUUGGCUUUAGCUCUGGCGAUUGGGCUUUUCAUUGGGUCGAAGAGAUGGAAAAGGCCACUCUGAACCCGGGCGCAGCAGCUUCCCAAGCCGCGCCGGCGCAAACUGCCUUGGACAGCAAGUGGCCACAUUUUCCCAAUGGCCACCGUUCCCUUGGACUGGCCCCUGCAGAUCUUCUCCGUGCACAUGCGUGGUUGGAAGAGGCCGCUUCCUUUAAUGGUGCUGGUGGCUGGGAGGAAGACGACUGGCUUCGCUAUUGGAUGGAGCAGGACUCGGCUUUUGAGACUUUGCUUCAGCGCGCCAAGGAGGCUGGCCAUGGCUGGAACAUUGGCCAAUGGCUUUGGCUUUGGGUGUCGCAAGCCGACCGACCCCAGCCGCCGCCGGCACCUCCUUUGGGCACUGCGCCGCCUUUGUCUACUGGCAUGGGGCCGGACGCUUUCCCGCUCAGCCAGUACAACGAGACGGUAACUGUCCAGCAGAUUUACUGCCGCUCCACGUGUCAAGACUGCGGUGCUGGCCAUUGCGGGGUCGUUCUUACACGCGAAGAUCUGCCUCAUCGGCGCCGCUGUGGCAUCUGUCGGGCUGUGGACGCUCCUCACAUUUUUCCAGGUUCUAUGGCCGACCCGGGGAGCGACAAUGGGAGAGGCCUUCUCGUGCAGCCGACCCCCUCAGACAAGCUGUCAGUGCUUUGGGAAUCUCUAAACCUCGAUUUCCCUGAAGCCGUUGCGUCUCAUUCGGAGUUGAACCGCACCAUUCGUAAUUUUGGGUUCUUGGCUACCUCCUUCGACCAGUUGGAUCAGUGGUUGGAGUCACACGGUCUUCUGGACUUUGGCUCCGAGACAGUUGCGGACCUUCGGUGUCUUUGGCACAGGGCACAUGCCUUGGCCUGCUCUGAGGGACACAUGGCAGUCGUGCCUUUCCCGCCGCACCCCUCUGCUCUGCCUUUGCCGCAGGACCAGUCCUUCAGCACGGCUUCAGACCCUAGUCACCCCGCGUCAGGUGCUGCGUCGUGGAACGAGCCUUUCCCGGCUAAGCUCUCCUCGGACAAAACGGCAGAGCUUCGGGCCGCUUUCCUGCGGAAAUUUCCUAGCGAGGUUUUGGACGAUUCCACUAUGCCUUCGGCUCGUCUCCUUGCUUUGGUUUUCAAACAAGCCUCGUCCCAUGAGUGGCGCUUCAUCCCUUGGCGUUGGCGCAUGUCCGUGCUUGAGCUUGAAGAACAGCAGUUGCAGCGCCCUCGCAAGCUGGCCAGGACUGAGCUGGCAGAUCUCAUUUUGGAUGAUGUCCCCUCUCGGAACCUCCCGGACACACUGGGCAUGUUUGCAUUGAGCAAAAUUUUGCGUUUGCACAGUGUGGCGAUGGCCAUGGUCACUGAUGUGCACUUGGUGACGCUUAAGAAGUACGAGUCUACCUUCCUGCGUUUUGCUUCAGCUCGCUUUGACAACAGCAGUGGCCUUCGCCCACCCAAUGCACUGGAAUGUGAGCAGGCAGACCGCCGAUUCUGGGAGGCCGUGUACAGCCGUCCGCCAUGCGCCGCCCGGAGGGCAAGGGAGCAGGUGGAGGAAAGGGCAAUGGCCCCGGUGCUGGUUUUGGCAACGGACGCGGACGCGGCAAAGGCAGGGGGGACGGAAGAGGUCGUGGGAGUGGCUUUGGCACCGGUCGUGGGGGAUCCGGUCUGGGCAACCAAGGCAACUCCGCGGGGACCUCCACAAACCGACAGCUUCCCAGUGGCAAGAUCUGUCUUGGCAACCGUCCGGCCUGGCAACCCAUCUUUCGAGCAGGCAGCUGGGUCCGGUCUGCCUUUGUUCACGCCUGCCAUUUUGCCUUUGCCUUCCCAGAGCUCUUCCACUCCGGCAACCGCUGCUCCGGCAAAGCAGGCACCCGAGCCUCCAAUGCCCGAUCUUCCUCACCAGGUGGCCUUGGCUGUGUCUGUUUCCGACACAUUAUCCCCAGGGAGCCCGCCACCCCAGCACAUAAAUCCCGAGGAUGACAUGUCGGCCCCGGACAGCUUCGGCCCAGCGCUAGCUCCUGCACCGGUCUCCGCAGAGUCCAUGCCAUGGCUGUUUCCGCCUGCCUCCUCGCAUGUCACCUCUGUCCUACAGUCCGUUCGGGAUUUCAAGCAACCCUUCUUCCUGGACAUUUGCGCGGGAGCGGGCUCGCCGCUCAGUUCAGCCUUCUUGGAGAAGGGGGUGCCAUGUCUGUCAAUAGACAUUCUCAUCGACACAAACAUGGAUCUUCUCCAGGACGAUUUCUUUGAACAUUUGCUGCGCAUUUGCACGUCCCGCCAAGUGGCCCUUGCGCACGCUGCCCCUCCAUGCAGGGAGUACUCUCGCCUGAAACUUUUUCCUAGAGGCCCAAAAGCACUUCGGACUCCUGCAUUCCUGGAUGGCCUCCCCGACCUGUCGGCAUCACAGGCUCUUAGAGUCCAGGAGAGUCACCUGAUCUUUGUGCGUUGCGUUCAGCUCUUGCAUGUCGGCUUUUCCUGCGGCGCGCAGGUGUCGCUCGAACAGCCCCCCAACAGCAUGGCCUGGAUGGAGCCGAUUGCAACCAAUUUCUUGGCAUCCAUCAGUGCGGAUCUGGUCCACGUGGCCGCUUGUUCCGUCAAUCUCAACAUGCACAAAGCCUGGCUUUUAGCCACUUCAUUCAGGGCCUUUCAGGCCUUCGCCUCUACAUGUCCACACACUGAGGGGACCCACGUGGCUUUGCAGGGUUUGUGUGAUGAGGCUGGCAACUUUUGCAGUCGGGCAUCUGCAGAGUACCCCCCCCGUUUAGCGGACAUGUAUGCUGAGCAAGCCCUGCCCCUCUUCGACGUUGAACAAGGGGUAGGUACUGCCCUUUCUCUCGCCACGGUACCGCUGCUUGCCAAACUCAAGGCCCUUCAUGAGGCUCCGGUGGCUUCGCAGGAUGGGGCCGGCAUCCUUUCCACGCCAGACUGGAGUGUAGACGCCCUGCGUCGCCUCUUCCAGGACUGGCUCUCCGCGCAUUUCCCUGGCAUUGCCGUUUCCUGGGAAAUAUCUGCAGGGCAACCAUACUGCCUCCAGGCACUGGCAGCUGUCUCACGCAUUUGUCAAGAUCGAGACGUGUCCCUGUUUGCCUGUCUGGAACAGGGAGUGCCCACUGGCUUUGACGGGGACAUUCCGUUGUCCAAUGUUUUCCUGCCACAAGGAGGGGGCCAUCCUUUCGAGCAAUCACUUGGCAUUUGUCAUGGCAAUUGGUCGAGCGCUGAAGCGGACCUUCCAACCCUGCAUGCCUUAGUGGAAGAGGAGAUCGCCAAUGGCUGGUUCUUGGAGCUGGAUUCUUUGGAAGCGGCUCAAGAGCGUUUUGGCGACAAGCUGGCCAUUGGAAAGAUGUCUAUCGUCAAAGCUGAAGGCAAAAAGCCGCGUCUUGUGGUUGAUUCCACUGUGUGUGGCACCAACCCGUCUUGCACGAUCCCCGAGACGUACACACUCCCGGGUGUUGACGAUGUCAGGGAUUCUUUCCCUUUGCGUUGUCACUCUGGCCUGUGCGCGGGGUUUGCGUUUGACAUCAAGUCAGCUCACAAAACGGUUCGAGUUCGCGACUCUGAUCAGGGACUUCUUGGGGUCUCCCUCCCGAAGAUUCAAGGUCCUGGCCGUCGUUGGCUUUUUUACCGCGUUUGUCCCUUUGGAGCGAACUUCUCGGCCCUCUGGUUCCAGCGCCUUGGAAGCUUUUUCCUUCGCACUUUACACCUUUGGACUUGGCUUCGACACGCCCUACUGGGCUACGUGGACGACUUUAUGUUGUUUCAGGACCAGGAGGUGCAACUGAUGUCUGCAGCUUGUUGUGUAUUCCUUGACGUGCAGCACGGGCUCCAUCGCCCAGUGCAAGUUGCCUGCGUGAAGCAGGCAGCGGAUGGGAGCUCGCCUCCGUGGGCGAGCCGCACUAGAGUCUGUCAGCAAUGUGGCCGUAACGGGUGCAUCCGCUACCGCAUCAACCACAACCACCAUUGGCUGCUAAUGUCCCUGCGGAGUUGGGCACUGCUCUGUCAUCACAGUCUUGUGAUCCGCUACAUGGGAGUGAUCCCGUUGAUUUGGUGCUUGAGAAACCUGAUGGCCAACCCAUGGAAUCCGGAAUCCUUUGCGAGGCAAAGCGUCGUGCACCUGAGCGAGUCGGGGCCCACCUGGGUGAGGAUGCCCGUAGUGGACCAGUCCGCGACCCUCGCGGCCCUUGCCCCGAUGAGUUUGAGGAAGGUGCCUCCGCCUGAGGAGCAGCGUGUGGUUACCCCUUUGAGUUCGCGACCUGUCUUUACUGGCCCUGGCUCCAUUCCCCGAAGGGCUGAAUGUUUCAUUAAGCGUGCCACAACCUUCCCUUCCAGCGAAAGGCGGGAGCCCGAAGGCGUCAGCCGAUCCAGCGGCACCGUUUCGUCUGACGAGGGCAUCACACAGGAUUGUGCAGAAGCCUUUCUGGCCAGGCUUGACACCCGUCCCACGUGUUCUUCGGGUCAUCCCUUGUUCUCCUUUGGGUCUCCUGAGCCAGGUUGGUGGUGCAGUGCGUGCAAGCGCGUGUUCUCCACGCGACGCUUGCUCUGGGGGUGUAGGGUCUGUGACUUUGACAUUUGCGGAAACUGCUUGGUCGAUAGUCGCAGUGGCUCCUCCAUCGCACCAGCUCCGGUUCAGAGUGCUGUUCCAGAGGCAAUCCCUGCAGCUCAGGUUCAGGAUACCGCUCGAGAGGCAAUGCCCAGCGGUACACAAACAUGGCCCUCGAUAAAGCUUUUGCGUGCUUCAGGGGUUCUAACAGGCAAUGACAUGUUCCCGAAUGACCUUCAUCUGACCCUGGGUGUAAAUGGUGAAAGCCUGUCAGUCUUGGGGUCGAGCAGGGCGCCGGAGCUCAAGGGAGGAUUCCGAAAAGUGUACCACCUUCGGGGUGAAGGGCCGGCCGCAAGCUGCAUCAAGUGCGCGAAGGUGACAUGUGGCAUCUUGACCGACGCCCUCGACCUCCACAAAAUCGCAUGUGACCAGGCCCUUGCCCGCCAUGAUAUCAUUCAAGUGAUGCACAAGUUGCAGGAGCACCGCCUGCCGCCCCAAGGCCGAGAGGCCAACCUCACCAAUGUAUGUUGGAUCCUCCCUGGUGAUCCAGCCAUGUUGCAACCAGCCCUGCUGUGUUUCCUCUUGGGUGCUGCACCUGGUUGGGCUUCGCGCGGUUGCGCUUUUUCUGCUUGCUGCGUUUUCUGCUACUGGACCGUCGCCCAAGCUGGCAGGCCAUUCACCGGCGUGUUCCGACUGUACUAUGCCACCGGGUGCCUGAACAAGAAUGCCGUGAUUGUGGACCCGAAUCAACGAGAAGUCUCUGUGCAAGGCCCGCGCCCAGGCCUCCUAGCCGUUCUGGGCGCCCGCACAUCUAAUCCUGCGGCGUGUGAAAUUGAGCUGAAUGGUACAGUUGGCUCGUUCCCCCCCCUUUGCGUCGAGGGCGAGGCUCGGCCCUUGGACCGGCGCAAGGGCCCUCUGGAUCCUGUUGACCCUGGCCCCAAUUUCAAAUUUGAAUAUUGCUCUCGCAUAAAAGGAGGCUGCACCUCCAGCCUAGUGCACCCGUUCAAUUUGUGGCAAGAGCCGUUCGGGUGGAACAGUGUGGACUGCCUCAAGGUGCAACUGAUGUCUGCAGCUUGUUGUGUAUUCCUUGACGUGCAGCACGGGCUCCAUCGCGCCGUGCAAAAAUUUGUCCCACCCAGCCCGCCCUGGGCAUGCACCCGCAGGGCCCGCUCCCCGCGGCUGCAACUCCCUGCGUGCACCGGCCAGUUCGCCGUUGCUCAUAAGACGCGCCUCCGUCUCGGUCGGCUUGGCGUUUCGUCACUGGGGAUCCCACCCGCCCUGCCCAGUUCAGGCUCUUGGCAGAGCCCGUCGCAGCAACAGCAGCUCCCUGCUGCCGUUCUGGCCACUUCCUGUAGUGUCUGGAAGCUUUACAGGGUCGCCAUGUCUCGAAACGGACCCUGGACAAGGCAUUUGGCCCUGCAGUCUAAGAAAGACCUCGUAAAAAUUCCCACCUCGAAACGCAUUUGGAUGAGAGUGACGGACCCCUCCACCACUCGCCGCAAGCUUUCUGUUUCCAGCCGCGAGAGUCUUCAGUUUUGGCUUAAGUGGUGCGAGGUUCCACCCCUUUUCUUUCCUUUGCAGAAACCUGCGGACGUUCCCAUCGUCUGCGCCGCCGCCGACGCACGCGCGGAUGGGGAUCUCGUCGGGAUAGGGGGCUUUAUCGAAUGGCCUUCACGCCAGAUUUCGUGGUUCAGCCAGUCAUGGCGUGUGUCAGACCUUUCGUCACUGGGUGUGCCUUUGCAGGUGCCAGCUCACCAAGACAUCACAUGUUACGAGACAUUGGCACAGCUUGGCCUCAUUCUUUGUCUCCAUUCCGUGGUGCCCUUGGCACGCUGGACCGUUCGACUUCGCACUUUGUCCGACAACACAGGUGCAGAGGCAGGCGUCAAUAAGCUCUACAGCUCGGCCUUUCCUUUGUCAGUAUUUCUGAAACGCCUGUCAAUGUUGGCGUGCAUGACUGGCAUUGAGCUCGACGUCUUCCACAUACCCGGCGAAAAGAAUGACGAUGCGGAUCUGCUCUCCCGCUGGAGUGAUGAAUCCCAGCCCUUGCCAGCCAAGUUCCUUCCGGACUAUCGUGUGGACUGCAGCCUGGCACGCAUCUGGCAUUUUCGUUCCGAUGUGCGCCUUUGGCCUCCCGAUGCAAAGCUCAAAUGGCACGUUCCUUCUGAGUUGGGACAGAUGGACACUAUGGGCGACGGCCAACAGGGCCAACAGGUGUCACCAGAACUUGAGGAGCAGAUUCAGUGUUUUCAGCUUUGGGACGACGAAAGAGUGUUAGAUAAGCUUCGCAGAACUGUUCUUGAGUGGUACAUCGAGCUUCAGUGUGGCAAGCCUUGCACUCCGUCCUUGAGCAUCCUGAGCUUCGAACGUCGACAGUUGCAGAGGCGGAAGGAGAAGAAAACCGAACUGAAAGGGAUCCAGAACGCGCCAGAGAUUAUUGCUUACGGUUGCAAGUUGUUGAGUGGUGAGCGAGCCCUGCUUGAAGCAUACCUUUUAUCCACUGAUCCAGCAUCGUCAUCCAGUUUCAGCAGAAACCUUGGUCCGUCUGGAGUGGAGUACGAUCUAGAUAGUGACACGCGAGACUUCCUUAGAUUGGGAGUGAUGACCGACGGGAAUGGAGCUGGGCCACAUCCGCUAGCAAGCCCAGCACUCAGCCCUGUCCACAGCCCAACCGGCAGCGCCGGUCCAACAGAUGGUGAGACUCGCCUUUUGGAGAUUCUUGCAGGAAUGCAGCAGAACCAGCAGGUGUUGACCGAGCUUCUGAGGAGCCAGUCCGAAUCCCGCGCAGCAGCAGCCGCUGCGACCACAUCCUACUCAGGUCUAGCGGCCAAAGACCUGAGCAAGGUGUUGAGGCAUCCUUCAACCUUUUCUUGUCAGACCCGAGAUGAGGAGCUGAUCAAGUGGCCAGCAUGGUCUUGGGAGUUUGAGCAGUAUUUGGGGACCUUAGAUAAGGAGUUUCAGGUGGACUUCACUCGCUUGAAAUCGAACCCGAAAACUGAAGUUCUCCCUGCACAACUGAGCGCCACUGAGCUCGACAGGUCACGCAUCAUGUAUGGCCUGCUUGCAUCGCUUUUGAACGACCGUCUGAAGCGUCUUCUUAAGACUGUGUCUGACAAUAACGGGUACGAAGCAUACCGCUUGAUCUCGCUUGUUGUUAGGCUUGAGCAGGCGAUGGCAGAGUAUGACUCGAUUGCAUCACAGGCCAUGUCCGAUGAUCAGAAGGUUGUUUCGCUUCUGAGAUGUUUAACAGGCCAACUUCGUCAGCAUGUGAACUUGACCAUGGAAGACUCCUGGACAUAUGCCGAGUUGCGAAGUUUGGUUGCUCGAUAUGAUGCUUCUUCGUCAAAGUGGAGUGCGUCUGUUGCAGCGACUUAUGGCCUGUCAGAGGGCAAAGGUGGUGUGCUUGUGAAUGCGCCUGCAGCAUCCAGUGAAGCCGUUCCAAUGGAAAUCGACCGUCUUCAGAAGGAGAUUGAUAGGCUAAGCAAAGGCAAGACUAAGAAGGGUGAUAAGGGAGAUAAAGGUGGUAAGAAGGGCAGAUAUGACAAGGGUAGACAGGUUGAAGACGCCGCUGUUGCUGACAGCAGCGCUGCACAUGCUGACACAGCCGUGUCAGCUGCCCCUGCCAAGGCGAAACCUGCUGCAAAGCCCCAGGUGAGACGAGUCACCUACAACCUCGAUGACUUUGAUGAGUCAGCCGGAGGUGAGAUCCGCAUGGUGUCAGGUUGUGAUUCUUGUGUGGAGAGCCAAGACAAAGUAGACAGGCAAAGCAAGGAAGCUUCGGGUUUCUUUUGCAAGGCACUGAGCAUCUUUUCACGUUGUGUGCCAUCGAGGUGGUGCGUUUUCCACAAUGCAUUGCCGAGUGAUGCACAGAGCGAGGCUGAGCACGCUUCGGGCGUGUGUCAGCGUGAUGUGGUUGAGCACACUUCGGGUGUGACCUCGACCAGUGGAUCAGUGCGCAUGGUCCAGCAGAAUGCCGAGCAUGGCAUGGAGAUCGAAGUCAUAAUUGACUCAGGUGCUGACGCCUCUUGUCUACCGCAAAACCUCAGCAUGCUUGGAGUUUCCUCUGGAAGGCCAUGGGAAGGUUUUCAAGAUGCCCAGGGGAAUCAGCUGCUAGUUCACGGGACUAGGCGAGCUGAGCUGAGCUUCGGUGAUCAGCCUGGAUUCACCGAAACGUUCUUGGUUGCUCCCCACAUCACCACACCUCUUCUUGCAGUUGGGAAGUUGUACCGCGCCGGAUUCAGCAUGGUGAACAAAAAUGGAAACAUGAGUCUUUGCAGCCCUAACGGAGAGAUCCAAAUCCCAUUGCAUUUCAGGCAGAAUAGCCUUGCUGCACGAUUGCAUGUGCGUAUGAUCCAGCAGGAUGCAUCCCGUGUCCGUGCUGUGAAGUGCACUGUCGCUGAUUUGGCUCUUCCUGAUUACUUUGUGCAGAUCAGUGAAGAUGUUUUCGGCAUGCGUGGAUUUGGAAACCGGUUCGUUGACAUCACGAUGGCGUUGCCUCAUGAGGGUUGCAGCUUCAGGAGCACUGUUGCCAAGUGCCCCGAACCCAAUCAGUGGGAGAUUCUUGAGUGGUGCGAGAGCAUCGUUGAUGCUUCCGAUCUGAGUGGACCUUUGCCUGAGAAUGCCACCCGUGAGUUGAUCGUGUUCGCCACUCGCAAGAUUGUUUCCCCAGAUGAGCUUGGGUUGACAGUUGCAAGUGACUCAGCCGAGUCAAGCAGACCUCAUGUGUUGCCACCACCACCUGAAGAGCCUGAAAAUAUGGACCAGGAUGAGCCACAACAGCAUGCAGCCGUUGCACCCGAUCCCGGGGCCGAACUGCAAGUUGAUGCAGCCCUGCGUGACGAGGUUGCAGCAGAUGAUGAUGGGACACUCGUCGUUGACGGUGUGUCGUUGAGCCUUGAAUCGACCCUUGCUGUUUUGAGGCAAGCUGCUCAGUCACUGGGGCUUGGUCGUUCCGGUGGUAAGUCCACUGUGCUGAAGCGCAUUAGAGAUCACUUAGCCCGCCAGGACUUGAUUGCUGCCCAUCAGGCCCGGCAGCAGCUUGCUGCUGCUGAAGAGCGUGUGCCAGUGGAGCAGAAACAUGUUACAGCACCAAGUGAAGAUGCAUACCGUCAACACUGCCUUACCCACACACCCUACAGAGAGUGGUGUGCCCACUGUGUUGCCUUCCGUGCACGGUCCGACAGGCAUGAGGCCAAGACCGAAGACCAUCGUGCAAGUUCCGUCUUGUGCUUUGAUUUUGCAUAUACCAGUAGGGUUGAUGGGGGUGACAAGUUGUGCUGCCUGGUUGCAUACGACACGCAGACUAAGUGGUUGCAGGCAUGGCCGGUGCCGAGCAAAGGUGGACCUGCUUGCCGUAACUACAUGGCAGUUGAGCUGACCAAGCUGCUGUCGUACCUUGGGCACAGGCGAAUCACCCUUCGUGCCGACCCAGAGGGGUCAUGCACUGCGCUUGCGAAUGCAGUCCAGGCACUCAGGCACCGCAUUGGCAUGGAGACCCACAUUGAACAAACCCCAGUGGGGGAGCACCAAGGCAACCAUGCAGAAGGUGCCAUUGAGCGAAUCAGACAACUCGCCGGGACAAUGCUCUCUGAGCUCGAGGGCAGAUUGAACAUCAAGAUCAAGACCUUCGACCCGUUGCAUCACUGGUGUUGGCGUCAUGCCAGCUGGACCCUUCAACGGUUUGGUGUCACGCAAAACCUCACACCAUGGGAGAGAGUGCAUGCAUCACCAUAUGGAGGCAAACUUGUCCGUUUUGCAGAAUGUGUCCUAGCACGUGUGAAGACUGCUACAAAGGGCAAACCUCGGUGGCUUCGGGCCAUGUGGUUGGGGAAGUCAGAUGUUUCUGAUUGUCACCUUGUUUGCACUUCAUCAGGUCGCCUUGUCGUCGCCAGAUCAGUCCGUCGAACCACAUGUGAGUAUGAUCCCAGCCUCUUGCCUGCAUUGCGAGACACACCUGACAAGCAUGUGUCAUUCCUUGCUGGACGUGUCGGAGCAAGUCGCAACCAACUUGCACCAAAGCCAGUCACAGAGGAAGGCCCCGGCAGUGGGAGUGAGGUUGCAGCUAGCGACCCGCCAACAGAGAAUGAAGAUGUCUUCGACAAUCCCCAUGACAUUGCCCUCGCCCCUUCUUCUGUGAGAUUGCCAGCCGAUGGCAUGCCUGCGACUCCCGAUUAUCGACCUCCUGCCCAGGUUCAUGAAAGAGCUGAAUUCGAUGGUGAUGUUCAGGAAGCAAAGCGCCAGAGGAUCCGGGCAGUGAAUUCCCAUCACCACAACGAUGAAGUCGUCCACUUAGAAGACCUAGGCCUUGGGUCAGACACUGACCUCAACGAGUCAGUUGAGGAUCCGCCUGCUUGGAAUGCAACCGACAAUUUCGAAGAUGCCAAGAACAUCCCUGAAGAGUUGUGGAGGCCUUUUGGGUCCGGUGAGCCUCAGCUGUCAAGUGAAGAAUUGGCCCACAUUGACGACAUAGCUGAAGCAUUCGAGUUAGCCCGACUUGAAACCAUGAAUGUUCUUGAAAGGCUACCUGCCACAGCUGACUUCAGCGGGUUUAAGCGUCUAAGCACAAAAAUGGUCAAAACUUGGAGAGUGAAACCAUCGCCGAAGGGAGGUGGAGAAGCUUUCCUUCGUCGGGCCCGUUUUGUCGCCCGUGAGUUCAGGUGGCUCAGUGCCAUGGUGGACAACGAGGUGUUUGCACCUGCAUCGUCGAAUGCACUUCUUCGUGUGCUGCCAGCUGCGCUUGUUGCACGUCAGCCUGAGGGCUGGACAGCCCUAUCUUUGGACGUUGCAGAUGCUUAUCUGACGGUUCCGCAAGCCGUCGAUACCAUCGUUACCAUAUGGGUGAGAGGUGAGCAAAGAUACUACAAGCUACUCCGAAACCUCCCAGGCCAACGCUCAGGAGCCAAGGAUUGGUUCCAAGCGUUUCAAGCACACCUGAUAAAGGAAAUGGCCAUUGAACCGCUGGUGGAAGCCCCAGCACUGUUCUCCAUUCCUGGAGGUUCAGAUGAGGGCCAUGGCGGGGGAGGCACGCUUCCUUUAUGGACACAGCUAACGCCGCUUGAUGAGGAGAAGUCAGGAAUCUACAGAAAGUGCAUUGGGGUGCUGCUUUAUGUGUCAAGCGAUUAUCCUGCUGCACAGUAUGCAAUAAAGACAUUGAGCAGCAUGUGUGGGAGUCCCAAUGAGGGUGCAUGGCGGUGUCUGCGCCACCUGGUGAACUACAUGUUCUUCCACGAGAAUCAUGUCACUUGCCUUCGGACUGAGGGCAAAGGCAUCGGCCUGGUUGUCCGAGAUGAGACCCACACCUUGGAGGUGUUCGCUGAUGCUGAUUGGUCAGGGAACAAAUCAACACGAAAGAGCACCAGUGCCGGAUGCAUAGCCUUCGAUGGGAUGGUGAUUCACACCUUUUCCAGAAGCCAGAGCUGCGUGAGUUUAAGCAGUGGAGAGAGUGAAUAUAUCGCAUGCGUGAGUGCUACAUGCGACGGCAUCCUCCUUCGCAGUGCCCUGCAGCACAUCAUGCGUGUUGAUGUGUCCAUGCACCUGUUCACAGAUUCCAGCGCAGCUCGGGGGAUCAUGGGAAGGCAGGGAUGCGGACGUCUUCGCCAUAUCUCCGGACGCUUGUUAUGGUUGCAGGAUUUCUUGUUCAAGUGGAAGAAAGCGUCGCUACACGCAGUACCGACCCUGACAAAUCCUGCUGAUUUGUUUACAAAGUCCUUGACAGGAGCCCGUGUCCGUACCUUGAGCCACAUCCUUGGAAUCCGUGAUUCACACGAUGGAUUUUCAUUGGUCGGGACAACUGAGUUUGAGGAACUACAACGCCGUGAGCAGGCAAAGAAGUUUCUUCGUGCUGUGAGGAGCACAGGUCGAGGGAAUGCCGAGGCGUUGCAUCUUCUUGCAUUGCUGGUUCAGGUCGUGGGUAACGAGGCUGCGGAUGAUGAGGACCGAGCACAGUUUGUGCCUGACUCGCCCGCAUCAGCAGGCGAGGAUGCAUACCCAUGGACCAGCUUUGCCUUCGUUGUCACCUUAACAGUUUGCGUCGCACUCAUGCUUGGCCGUGCCAGCGCCAACAUGAACUUUGCAUCCCUUUUGGAGUGGCCCUUAGUUAGGUGGGUACGUAGUUGGUUUAGGCUUGAAGCAACAGAGGCUGAGCAACCAUUGCUAGCCGAAGCACCUGCUCUUGCAGAGAACCUUGACACCACAUCAGAAAGUAGCCGUGAAAGUCUAGGCUUACAACAUUAUUCGCCACGAACUCGUGCGCCUGCGACACCGAGUGACACUGAGCACGAAUCUGAGCAGCCAGACUCAGAACCAGAAGAUGACGAUGACGACGUGUAUCCUGGAGGCCAUGGACCAGCCUACCAGAACCAGGCAGAGCUGAUUGCACUUUAUGAGAUGGUUGGUGAAGCAGCAGCCAUCGAUGUGAUGCCAGCCAUGCAGCUGAUCCCUGCAGGUCAGCCAGCAGAAGUGCAGCAGCCACUGCUACAGGAUGAUGACAUCCUUCAGGUGAGGGAGGAUGCUGAGGUAUGGAUUGCCCCAGUGAGUGGGACCCGCUGUCAUCUCAUUGGGGAAUGCGAUGGUUUGAUGAGGGCACGAUAUGUUCGCAGGCUGCUAUAUCGCCAGUUGCAGCUUGAGUUUCCUGGUCAGUACAGCAUGUGUCAGUUAUGCCAGUUUUGGGCCAGAGAGCUCGGGCGUCGCCAGGACAUUGCCCGCUUGGCUGCCAUGUUCCACAUCCUUCAUGUGGGUGGUCAGCAGAUCCCAAAUCCAGUGCCUCAGAACCUUCCGGAGCCAGAACCGCACGAUGAUACGUGA